AGGUGUUCUCACCUCAGGAUGCCGUUUGGUCAGUCAAGGAUGUGGAUGCUCUUCUGUUUGAGUGCUUUGCUGGGGGUGUUGGGGUCAGAGGAAGCGCCCUCGGGAGCCGCUCAGCAGCUUCAGGCUCUUCACUGCCCGCCCUGCGAGCGGAUACACUGCUCCUCCCGACAGGCGCUGAAGCUCCAGUGUAAAGGUGGUGUCACGACAGGUGUCUGUGGCUGCUGCCCCGUCUGUGCCAGAGCAGAGGGGGAGACAUGUGGAGGAACAUGGGACUACCUGGGCAAGUGUGAUGAGGGCCUGGUGUGUGUGUACCAGGGUUUGGCAGCUGACAAACCAGAUGCAGGGCACAAAGGGAUCUGUGAAGCAGUGAUUGAAUCCUCGGAUCCAGAGAGCUGUCACCCAGAGUGCACCAAGGAAUACUGCCAGGCCAACCCCUCUGAAAUCUGCUCUGCCAGGUUUGUGUCUCUGGAGAAGACACCGUGCCAGGGCUCCUGCCAACACACCUCCUGUUCAAGCUGUCUGCUGCUGAAACCCCCGCCAUGCCCUCAGACCUGCACCCCCUCUAAUUCUUCCUGUCUACACCGCUUUGGGAAGUGUGUGCACAAUCACCUGACAGCGACUCAUAAUGGUGUAUGCCACAGCAACCUACAGAGUACUCCUGAGGGACAUUUUCUAUGUUUGGUCCCAGCCUGUCCAAAUGAAUCGAGGUAAUUCCCUUUGUAAAGAGAGGAAACCCAGAGGAAACUAGCUCAUGUAGCAAAAUGGAAAUAAGGCAGCUAUCUAUCAACUUUGUGUAUUAACUUGAAAAUUCUUCAUCCAGCAAUCUCAUUUUGUAUGCAAUGUAAAUUUGAA